CGCCGGCGCGCGGUACCCCGCCCUGUGAGGUAUCGCUCAGUUCAGCGGAUAUAAGACCCGGGGCACCGCGCAGUCAAGGUCUCGGCUGUGGGCUUGGGAGGCUGCGUCGCCCACUUCCGGAGUGAGGAGCUCUGCACAGUAGAAACCUCGGCGGAGCUCGGUAAUAUUUCCCCACUGUUCAAGAGGGCGAAGAACUUUCGAGGAAAGAACCAAUCAGUUUCCGAGGCUCCUGAAGGUGAAGCCAGUGAGGUUGUGGUCUGCGGAUGAAUAGGGAGAACCUUUCACAGUAGGAAUAGGACAAGUGCUGAGAAGAUGAGUGUCAAGGUGGAAACACACUUUGCCGAAUGUGUCUUAAAUGUAGGAAAAGUCAUCCUUGGGAAUAAGCAAAGGAACGAAAUGAAGCCUCAAUUGCAGAAGAAACAGAAUAAAAUCAUCAUGAAUGCAAUAUGUGCUCUACUGAAUUCUGGUGGCGGAGUGGUCAAGGCUGAGAUUGAGAACAAAGACUACAAUUACGAAAUCCAUGGAGUAGGACUGAAAAUGCCUUCAAUUUUUAAAGGCUAUUUAGAUGAGAUGCAGCAGGGAGACCUCUUUUUUAUUUUUGUGAAGUCAUGGAACGCCGAGGCCUCUGGUGUACGGCUGGCAACCUUGUCCUCCAAUUUGUACCACAGAUACAGAGCAUCGACUGAUGUCAUGAAUUCUCAGGAAGCACUGACGUUCCUCAAAGGGAGAUCUCAGACUCCUGUGAAUACUAAUGAUUCCAAUUCAUUAAGUCCCCAGAAAGUUCGGGUUGGUGUACAAAAUGAUGGUAACAUAAGGGCCUCAGCUGCUGCUUUAUUUGCUAGAACUCACCUUCAGUUCUUAGAAAAGCUCAACUUUACUAAGUCCCUCCACGUUGAAUUUAAAAUGUUCUCAGCAGAGGUGUCCCAGUGCUUUAAUGAGAGUCUCCCCAGUUGUGUGUCUGCAUUUGCAAACACCGAAGGAGGGUAUAUAUUUUUUGGUGUGCAUGAUGAGACCAAUCAAGUCGUUGGAUGUGAAAAGGAGAAAAUAGAUCUUGUCACCUUGUGUCGCUCUAUUGAUUACUGUAUUAGGAAACUACCUGUCCAUCAUUUCUGUACACAGAGGCAUGAGAUAAAAUAUGCUGUCAAAUUCCUUGAAGUGCACAAUAAGGGGGCCCUCCAUGGAUAUGUCUGUGCAGUCAAGGUGGAACGAUUUUGCUGUGCAGUGUUUGCCAAAGUGCCAAGUUCCUGGCAGGUGAAGGACAAUCGUGUGAAACAGCUGGUUACAAAGGAAUGGAUAGCUUGGAUGAUGGAGGCUGAUCCAGAUCUUUCCAGAUUUUCUGAGAUGGUCCUUGCACUGAGUUUGUCAUCUACCACACCACGUAGCAGGACUGUGUGCACUCAUAAGAAUUUGGAAUGUCUGAAAGAACAGCAAAAACGUUACUUUCCAGUAUUAUCAGACAGAGUGGUGUAUACUCCAGAAAACCUCUACAAGGAACUGUUCUCAAAACAUAAAGGACUCAGAGACUUAAUAAAUAAGGAAAUACGCCCUUUCUCUCAAGGAAUACUGAUUUUUUCUCGAAGCUGGGCUGUGGACUUGGGUCUAUCAGAGAAGCAGGGAGUAAUCUGUGAUGCUCUUCUGCUUUCCCAGAACAACAUCCCACUCCUCUACACCAUCCUCAGUGAGUGUGAUGCAAGCUGGAAGAGCUAUUCUAUGACAGUCGCCCGUACCUUAAAGCAGAAGCUGGUGAACACAGGUGGCUACACUGGGAAAUUGUGCAUCACUCCCUUGGUCUUCCUGCUGAACCCUGAUAGAACAGCAGAGACUCUUCAUUGUUCAGAUUUACAAAUUUACCCCGAGUCCUAUAACCUUACAACCACCCAGCACAUAGAAGCUCUGUUACAGUCCCUUGUGAUAGUCUUGCUUGGGUUCCGAUCUUUCUUAAGUGAAGAGCUGGGCUCUGAGGUUUUGAACAUACUCACAGAUAAACAGUAUGAGUUGCUGUCAAAGAACAUUCGCAUGACCAGAGAACUGUUUGUUCAUGGCUUACCUGGAUCAGGGAAGACCAUCCUGGCUCUUAGGAUAAUGGAGAAGAUCAGGAAUGUGUUUCACUGUCAACCAAGUGACAUUCUUUACAUCUGUGAAAAUCAGCCCCUGAGGAAGUUUGUGAGCAAGAAAAACAUCUGCCAGGCAGUGACCCGGAAAACCUUCAUGAAAAAUGACUUUCAAAAGAUUCAGCACAUCAUCAUUGAUGAAGCUCAGAAUUUCCGCACUGAAGAUGGAGACUGGUAUGAGAAGGCAAAAAACAUCACUCAGAGAGAAAACGAUUGCCCAGGAAUUCUCUGGAUCUUCCUGGACUACUUUCAGACCAGCCACUUGAGCCACAAUGGCCUCCCUGCUCUUGAAGCCCAGUAUCCAAGAGAAGAGCUCACCAGAGUGGUCCGCAAUGCAGAUCCAAUAGCCAACUACCUACAAGAAGUAAUGCAGGAGGUCAAAGAAAAUCCUCCACCUAACAUCCCCUUGGGGUCCCUGGAGAUGGUUCAUAAAGCUAAAUGGGCUCAGGGUAUUCCAGGCAACUUUGAGAUUAUGGAGUACUUGGACCUGGAAGAGAUGGUUGUCCAAGUAGCAGAGAAAUGUCAGUUUCUCUUUAGGAAUGGUUAUUCUCCCAAGGACAUUGCUGUGCUUUUCAGCAAAGCAAGUGAAGUGGAAAAAUAUAAAGAUAAGCUCCUAAGAGCAAUGAGGAAAAGAAAAAUAUCUCAGCUCAAUGAGGAAUCUGACCUGUUAGUACAGAUCAAGGAUGCAUCAGAUAUCAUGGCCAAUCACAUUGUGUUGGACAGUGUCCGACGAUUUUCAGGCCUGGAAAGAAACAUCGUGUUUGGGUUCAACCCAACAGUGGCCGAGCCAGCUGUUUUCCACAAUCUUCUGCUCUGUCUGGCUUCCAGGGCGAAGAAACAUCUCUAUAUUCUGAAGGUUUCCAUUUGACAGGAAGAUCCCAGUCUAAGAAACAAUUAGGAAGCUCUCAUCUCUAGUUAACCAUGAAACCAUGUGACCUAAACAUUUAAUCAUCAAAUAUUUAAUGAGCACUCACUCUGAGGUGUAUAUUCUUGGUGCUGGGGGCGGGGGAUGAGUUAGUGAUAGGGUAGCGAAUAAGAUAGACAAGAUUCCUUCUUUGGGGCAGAGGUAAAUCAUAGACAAGUACACAAAUACAAGUACAAGAAUUUCAGAUAGUUACAUCAGAGUAGUAAUUGGAGGUGCCUGAGAUGCAGAGAGUGUGUGUGUGUGUGUGUUUACACAUACGUAGGUAAGUAGAUAGAGGGGGAAACUGGUUAUUCAGCAUGGUUGGGGAAGUGCUUAGUGAGGGAAGACAUCAUGAGAAGAUCUUUGAGCCAUGUGUGCCAGGUGGACUCAGAUAUUUUCAUUAUUUUUUUUUUAAUUUUCACUAUUUUUAAUACAGCAAUGCACAGAAAUGCUUGAGUAAGAUGUGCUGGGAGGGUAUGAAGGGCAGAGAGGGGUCAUGUGUCUGCCCUUUUAUGGGCCAGAAAUGGUUGUACAAUAUUUCAAAAUGUAAGAUCAGAAGGUACAAACUGUUAAUUUCUUAUAAACCAUAUUACAUGAUUCUUUUCCAUUUUAUUCUUUUAAUGGUGUUAGUAAUUUUGAUCACUGUCUUUUAAAAUAUGUUAUGCAUGUCUUUUGGUUAUUUAGAAUCUCAGCUCUUUAGGUCUGCUUUAGUAUUAGUCCUAUGGAGAAUCUUAGGUCACUGCAUGAAGGUAAGAUUCCCACAAUUCCCCAGGGAGACACAUUGUGUUUUAUUUAUUAAUUUUUUUUUAAAGGGUCCCUAAGAAGAUGAAUGUACUGGACUCAAAAGUUACAUUUUGCUUUUCAUUUAAUUUAAUAACCAAUGAAAUAAAGUAAAUCCAACAUCUUUGUUCCGCCGAGCCUUUAGGAUUUUAGCUAGUUUCUCAAAGGCUAUUGCUAUAGAAGAAUUUGGGAAGUCCAUAAAUUUAAUAAAACAAGAGUUGAAAGACAAAAUGAUAAAGCAGCCAAAAGAGAUGAAGAGGGAUCUUGCUAAGGAAACAUUGUGGGGGCGCCUGGGUGGCUCAGUCAGUUAGGCAUUGGCCUUCAGCUCAGGUCAUGAUCAAGUCCCGCAUUGGGCUCCCUGCUCAGCGGGGAGUCUGCUUCUCCCUCUGCCCCUCCCCCUGCUCCUUCUCUCUCUCACUCACACUCUCUUUCAAAUAAAUAAAAUCUUUAAGAUUUUAUUUAUUUAUUUGACAGAGAGCAGGAGAGGGAACACAAGCAGGGGGAGUGGGAGAGGGAGAAGCAGGCUUCCCGCUGAGCAGGGAGCCCAAUGUGGGGCUCGAUCCCAGGACCCUGGGAUCAUGACCUGAGCCGAAGGCAGAUGCUUAACGACUGAGCCACCCAGGCACCCCUCAAAUAAAUAAAAUCUUAAAAAAGAAAAGAAACAGAUUGUGAAACAUUACAGAAGAAAAAUAAAUUAGAAGCAACAAGAAAUUGAAGACCCAGUUCCUGACAUAAAGGAAAGCUUGAGAUAGUCACGUAAAUGGAGAGAGAUAAGACAAAUAUUAACGUAGUUAUAAAGAAGACAUAUCUGGAGUAUAAUGAUCCACUAAGAAUGGAUAUGGAGUAGAGAAUCAGUAAAUGAAACAGUAAAAAUGUUCUAAGAUAUAAUAUGGGAAAUUUUUCCUAAAAUAAGUCCUCAGUUUGAAAGAAUUCUUAACAAUCGAAGCAGAAAAAUCCAAUUGUGUGAAUGAUCAUUCUGGCUUCUGAUUUCUCUGGAGCAACAAGAUAAAGAAUAUACUGUAUUUUUGUUUUCAUUCAGUUGCUUUUUAAUCAAAUCUGACCACAUCUACCUUUUAAUUGAGUGUUUAAAUUAACUUUUUAAACUUUUAAAAACUUUUAAAAACGUUUUAUUUUCAAAUACUUAGAGAUUUAUAAAAAGUUGCAAAGGAAGUACAGAGUAGUACAGAAGAACCCCCUGUAUCCUUCACCUACUUUCUAUACUAUUUUAAAUGUGAUUAUUGUUAUGUUUGGGUUUUAAUCUACCCUACUGCUAUUUUUUUUCCAUUUUAUCAUCUAUUCUUUGUUCCCUUUUCUCUAUUUUUCUGCAUCCUUUUGACUUAAUUUUGCAUUUUUAUUUUUUUAAAUUUAAUUUUAAUUCCAGUGUAGUUAACACGCAGUGUUUCAUUAGUUGCAGGUGUACAAUAUAGUGAUUCAACACUUCCAUACAUCACCUGGUGCUCAUCACAACAGGUGCACUCCUUAAUCCCCAUCACCUAUUUCACCCAUCCCCCUACCCACCGCCUCUCUGAUAACCAUCAGUUCUCUAUAGUUAAGUCUGUUUCUUGCUUUGGCUCUUUCUUUCUCUUUUUUCCUUUGCUCAUUUGUUUUAUUUCUUAAAUUCCACAUAUAUGAGUGAAAUCAUUUGUUUUUCUCUGACUUAUUUUGCUUAGUAUUAUGCUAUCUAGCUCCGUCCACGUUUUUGCAAAUGGCAAGAUUUCAUGCUCUCCCUCCUCUUCCUCCCCCUCCCUCUUCCCUUCUUCCUCCUCCUCCUUCUUCUUUAUGGCUGAAUGGUAUUCCAUUAUAUAUAUGUAUAUAUACACACACACCCCACAUCUUCUUUACCCAUUCAUCUGUUGAUGGACACUUGGGCUGCUUCCAUCAUUUAGCUAUUGUAAAUAAUGCUGCUAUAAACAUAAGGACAUAUAUUCUUUUGACUUAGUGUUUUUGUAUUCUUUAGGUAAAUACCCAUUAGUAUGAUUACUGGAUUGUAGAGUGGUUCUAUUUUUAGCUUUUUGAGGUACCCCAUACUGUUUUCCCCAGUGGUUGUACCAGUUUACAUUCCCAACAGUGCAUGAGUGUUCCUUUUUCUCCACAUCCUUUUCAGCACUUGUUAUCGUCUUUUAGAUUUUAGCCAUUCUGACAGGUGUGAGGUGAUAUCUCAUUGUGGUUUUGAUUUGCAUUUCCCUGAUCAUGAGUAAUGUUGGGCAUCUUUUCAUGUGUCUAUUGGCCAGUUGGAUGUCUUAUUUAGAGGAAUGUCUGUUCAUGUCUUCUGCCCAUUUUAAAAUUGGAUUAUUUAGGGGUGCCUGGGUGGCUUAGUUGGUUAAAUGUCUGCCUUCGGCUCAGGUCAUGAUCCUAGGUUUCUGGGAUCAAGCCCCCAUCCCUCAGUGGAGAGUUUGUUUCUCCCUCUCUGUCUGCUGCUCCCCCUGCUUGUGUGCUCACUCUCUCUCUCUCUCUCUCUGUCAAAUAAAUACAUAAAAUAUUUUUAAAAAUUAAAUUGGAUUAUUUGUUUUUUAGGUGUUGAAUUGUAUAAGUUCUUUAUAUAUUUUGGAUACUAACCCUUUAUUAGGUAUGUCAUUUGCAAAUAUCUUGUCCUGUUUAGUAGGAAGGCUUUUAGUCUUGUUGAUUGUUUCCUUUGCCAUGCAGAAGCUUUUUAUUUUGAUGUAGUGCCAAUAGUGUAUUUUUGCUUUUAUUUCUCUUGCCUCGGGCGACCUAUUUAGAAAAAUAUUGGUAUAGCUGAUAUCAGAGACAUUACUACGUUUGCUCUUUUCUAGGAUUUUUAUGGUUUCAGGUCUGACAUUAAGGUCUUUAAUCCCAUUUUGAGUUUAUUUUUGUGUAUGGUGGAAAAAAGUGGUCCAGUUUCAUUCUUUUCCAUGUAGCUGACAGUUUUCUCAACACCAUGUGUCAAAGAGACUCUUUUUCCCACUGGAUAUUCUUUCCUGCUUAAUUGUGUAUUUUUAAACAAUUACAUCUUGUCUCCUUUAUUGGCUUAUUAAUUAUAACUCUUUGUUUUGUUAUUUUAGUGGCACGUUUAGGGUUUACAGUAUAUAUCUUUAACUCAUCACAGUCUUCCUUCAAAUGAUAUUAUACCAUUUCAUGAACUUUAUAACACUAUACUUCCAUUUCUCCUUCCCAGGCUUUGUGCUUUAUUGCCAUACACUGUACUUCUAUAUAUGUCAUAAAUACCACAACAUGUUGAUAUUAUUUUUGCUUUAAACAGCCACUUGUAUUUUAAAGAGUUUUAAAUAAUAGGAAAAAAAAUUCUUUAUACUUACCAUUUCUGAUGGUUAUCAUUCUUUUGUGUGAAUCUAGAUUUCUAUCUUGCAUCAUUUUCCUACUCAAAGAAAUUUCUUCAUUUUUUAUAGUGUAGAUCUGUUGAUGAAUUCGUUCAGAUUUUGUAUGUACAGAAAAAAGCAUUUCACCUCUGUUUUUGAAAGAUAGCUUUGUUGGGUAGAGGCCUAGAUUGAUAGUUUUGUUUUUCAGUUAUUUAAAUAUAUUCCUUCAUUGUCUUUUAUCUUGCAUAAUUUCCAAAAAUAAAUCUGCUGUCAUCCUCAUCUUUAUUGCUCUGUACACAAUGUAUCAUUUUCUGACUGCUUUUAAGAUUUUAUUAUUGGUUUAGGUAAUUUAAUUAUAAUGACCUUUGGUAAUUAAAAAAAUUUCUUGUGCUUGAGGUUUGUUGAGAACUCCUUGGGUCUGUGGGUUGACAGUUUUCACUAACUUUGAAAAUUUUUCAGUUAUUCUCUCAAUUCUUUCUCUCUUUUUUACAUGAUUUAUCUUUUAUUGGGGUAAGCUUAUUUUAUUUAAAAAGAUCCAUCAUCAGUUAUUUCUUGCAAUAUAUUUUCUAUACCCCUUCUUCUCCUCACCUACUUCAAUUAUAUGUAUAUCAGGCCACUUGACUAUGUUCCACAACUCACUGAUGCUCUGUGCUUUAAAUUUUUUCUCUGUGUUUUAUAUCAGCUGGUUUCUGUUGCUGUCUUCAAGUUCACUAUUUUUUUCUUCUGUAUACAAUGUUUAAUAUGCCACGAAUACCAUUCAGUGUAUUUUUCAUCUUAGACAUUGUUUCAUCUUCUAAUCCUUUUCUAGAAGCUUAAUUCGGAUCCUUUUUAAAUAUUUUUCUUGUUUCUACUUAAUAUGUUCAAUCUUUCUUCCAUUUCUUGAACAUAUGGAAUACAGUUAUAAUAUCUAUUUCAACCUUAUAAUCUAUUAAUUAUAUUGUCUGUGUUAAUUCUGAGUCAGUUCCAAAUGGAUUUUUUUCCUCUCUAUGGUUGGUAUUUUCUAGCUUCUUUGCAUACAUGGUAAUUUUUUAUUCAAUGCUAGACAUUGUGAGUUUUACCUUGUUGGAUACUGAAUGUUUUUGUAUUCUUACAAGUACUCUUGAGCUUUGUUCUGAGAUAUGGUUGUUACUUGGAAUUAGUUUGAUCUUUUUGGAUCCUGUUUUUAAGUUUUGUUUUACAGGACCAGAGCAACAUUUAAUCUAGGGUUAACUUUUUACCCCUACUGAGGCAAAACUCUUCUGAGUACUCUCUUACCUAAUGCCUUGUGAAUUUUGAUGUUUUUCACUCUGGUUGGUGGGAAUAGGCACUGUUUUUGACCUAUGUGAGCUCCAAGGAUUGUUCCAAUACUUUUGGGUGGGUCUUUCUUCAUCCUCAAACAUUUCCUCAGACACAAGCUGAUAAGUACUCAGCUGAAUACUCAAAGGGGAUGCUUUGCAGGUUUUAGAAUUUUCUCUCUGUGAAGCUGUCUUCGCUGGUAUUCUGCCCUACAGACUCUAGUUUCCUUGGCCUCCCUAAAGUCCCAACUCUGUCUAUUCACUUCACAGAGAUUGCCAAACUACCUAAAUUUCCCCCUUUCUGAACUGCAGCCUAGAAACUUUCUACAGGCAGUAAACAGGGGCAGUGAUAGAGAUCACCUCAUUAAUUUCCCAUAUCUCAGGGAUCAGUCCUUCACUGAACCCUGUCAUUUCAUGUUUUGUCUGAUUUUGCAGUUGUUUCCAAAGUGAGGGUAAAUAUGAUCCCUGUUACUCAGCUAAGACAAUGAAGCAAUAUGUAUAAAGUUCUUGGGGGGAAUUUUUUUGACCUAAAAAUAUUAAAUCUAGCCAAAAUACCAUUCUAAUUCAAAGGAAGUUCAUGGAUAUUUUUGUACAGGAAAGAAUUAUAUAAAUACAUAGCUCAUUAAUCAUUCUUUUUUUAAUGUUAUGUUAGUCACCAUACAGUACAUCAUUAGUUUUUGAUGUAGUGUUCCAUGAUUCAUUGUUUGUCAUUAAGUAUUCUUGAAGAAAAAUUACUCAGUGAGGAAAUCUAGCUAAAUCAGGCAAUAUGUGAAAAUAAAGGAUAAUGGUAAUUGGACUUUAAGUCCAUUCACCUGUAUAUGACUAAGAUAAAUAGGAAUUAUGAUUACAGAAAAUACUGUUAUAAACCUUGACAAAGUAAAAACAUUUUUAUAUCAGAUAGAUUUUUUUGUUUGUUUCAAUGAACAAAAACAGGCUCUGGACAAUUUAAACAAAUAAACAAACAAAAAGAAUUUAUUGAGGGAGGACCACUCACAGAAUCAAAGACAAGCUGACCAAAUAGGCCUUAGAGAAGAUUAGUACCUGGGAAGCUCCAAGGAUCUAGAUGGCUGGUAGGAAUUUGCUCCAGUCAUUUUCUUUACUUUGGCUUAUGAAGAUCAAAUUACAGUGAAAGACUUUUAUUUGCCUAGUGUGGAUACUGCACUCAGCUCUUAGCUACCAUAGCAAAGACCCCUUGGUUGAAAAUCUCCAAAAGUCUUGAUGUAGUAUGGAAAGAAUAUUGGUUACUAGUAUAGGGUGAGAGGAUGUUCUAUAGGUUGAAACAACAGAUGCCCAUUAUGGUAAUCAACAAAAGUUAGGAAGUCAGGAAGCAGAGUGAAGAAUUCUAAGUGCUAAUGUCAUCUUUCAUGGCAAGGAAUUGAUCAAUACUAAUACAGAUUUUAAUGUAACUUUAAAAAUGAUUCCAAGCAUUUUAAUUGCUUUUUUCAAUUUAAUUAUUUUAAUAUUGGAUCUUUUAGUAGCUAAAAGUUCUUAGGUUAAAGAAAUAUAUUCUGUAGUUCAGCUCUUCAAUUUUAUUAGUUGCCUUUUCUUCCAUUCAGUUCAAAUAAAAUAAAUGUGAAAAUAAUUUUAAAAUAGUAUGUAUAAGGGGCGCCUGGGUGGCUCAGUUGGUUAAACGACUGCCUUCGGCUCAGGUCAUGAUCCUGGAGUCCCGGGAUCGAGUCCCGCAUCGGGCUCCCUGCUCGGCGGGGAGUCUGCUUCUCCCUCUGGCCCUCCUCCCUCUCAUGCUCUCUGUCUCUCAUUCUCUCUCUCUCAAAUAAAUAAAUAAAAUCUUAAAAAAAAAUAGUAUGUAUAAUAUCUUUCCACUUUAUAAUUACUUUUGUCUAGCUGUUCUUAUAUAUCAUGUGAUAUAUUAAAAAAACCUGCUUUCUGA